AUGUUUUUAUUCUCUUUCUUUCCCUUUUCUCUCUUAUUUUUUGCCUUUCUUUUCUUUUUUGUCGUACUUUCUGUCUUUCUCUCUCUCUCUCUCUCUCUUUCUUUCUUUUUCCUUAUCUUUGUCUUUCAUCCUUUUUGUCUUUUUUACUUUCUUUGUUUCCUUCUCUAUUUUCUAUCUUUCUUUCUUUCUUUCUCUUUUUAUCGUUUUAUUCUUUCUUUUAUUUACCCUUUAUUCAUUCAUUUCUUUUAUAUCUUCCUUUCAACCUUUUUUCUCUGGCUUCCUUCUUGUCCACCUUCCUUCCUUCUUUCUUUCUUUCUUUUCUUUCUUUCUUUCUUUCUUUCUUUCUUUCUACCAAACUUCCGAGAUUAUCUAUCUAUCUAUCUAUCUAUCUCAGUGAAUUAUUCUCUAUCUAUCUAUCUAUUUACUUAUCUAUCUGCCUGUCUGUCUGAUUGGUUCGUAUCUAUCGAUUUAUUGAAUGCUGUUCAUAUCUAUCUAUCCAUCUCAUAUUUCUGUUCAUAUCUAUCUAUCUAUCUAUCUAUCUAUCUAUCUAUCUAUCUAUCUAUAGCAAUCUGUUCAGAUCUAUCUAUCCUAGUCUCUUUAUAUCUAUCUAUCUAUCUAUCUAAUGAUCUCUUUCUAUCUAUCUAUCUAUCUAUCUAUCUAUCUAUCUAUCUAUCUAUCUAUCUGUCUCUUUGCCGCUUUCUAAAUCUAUCUAUCUAUCUAUCUAUCUAUCUAUCUAUCUAUCUAUCUAUCUAUCUAUCUAUCUAUCUUUAUACAUCAGUCCUCUUAUAUGUAAGUAAUUUCAUUUCAUUACUUUAUCUAUCUUUUUAUAUCCCCUUUACCAUCAUUUUUCCCCUUCUCGGUUUAAUCUAUUCUUAUUUUGCAAUCGAUCAAUUCAUCGAUCUCUCACUUCCUUUACUAUCUCUUUCUCUCCUUCCUUUCAUUUACUUUGCUUCAUUCUCUCUUUCUCGUCUUGCUUUAACUCUUCCUCUAUCUGUUACCUCAUAUUUUUUCUUUCUUUUCUUUCUUUCUUUCUUUUCUUUCUUUCUUUUCUUUCUUUCUUUGUCUUCUCCCUCUCUCUCUCUCUCCCUUUCUACUGUCACGUUGUUUGACCCAUUCCAUCUUUUUCUUUCACACUUCCCCUUCUCUCUCUCUCCUGCCUCUCUCCGUCUCCCUCUACUUCUCUCUCUCUCUCUCUCUCUCUCUCUCUCUCUCUCUCUCUCUCUCUAUCUAUCUAUCUAUCUAUCUAUCUUGUUCAUUCAUUUAUAA